AUGGCUCGUGAAGAAUUUGAAUCGCUAUGUAGUACCGUGGCAGCAUCGUUACAAAUUUUGCCUCCUCUUAUAUCAUUGGUACAAGUUGAGAUUCCCAAAAUAUUUAUUGCUCCAUCGUUACAAUUUCGAAAUCCAUUUGAAAUUAGACGGAGUAAACUUUUCGAGCAAGUGCAGAAAAUGCGAAUCAAUUUAAUGCAAACAGCUCAAUGUAGGGCUGAUACCAAUGUUUGA